ACCACGUGGUUCCGGCAACCAAGAUGGCGGCGGUGGCCAGUCCCACUUCCUUCGAGUCCGCGGCCCCGCGAAUCCUGCGGCUGGUGGCGGAAUGCAGCCGCUCAAGGGCCCGGGCCGGCGAGCUGCGGCUGCCGCAUGGGCCAGUGGCCACUCCAGUGUUCAUGCCAGUGGGCACGCAGGCCACCAUGAAGGGGAUCACGACCGAGCAGCUGGACGCGCUAGGCUGCCGCAUCUGCCUGGGCAACACUUACCACUUGGGUCUGAGGCCGGGCCCCGAGCUGAUCCAGAAGGCGCAAGGUCUGCACGGCUUCAUGAAUUGGCCCCAUAACCUGCUAACGGACAGUGGCGGCUUCCAGAUGGUGUCCCUGGUGUCGCUGUCCGAGGUGACGGAGGAGGGCGUCCGUUUCCGCUCUCCCUACGACGGCGAGGAGACCCUCUUGAGUCCGGAGAGGUCCGUGGAGAUACAGAAUGCGCUGGGCUCAGAUAUUAUCAUGCAACUGGAUGACGUGGUGAGCAGCACCGUCACUGGGCCUCGUGUGGAGGAGGCCAUGCACAGGUCAGUCCGCUGGCUGGACCGCUGCAUCGCAGCUCACCAACAGCCGGACAAGCAGAACCUCUUCGCCAUCAUCCAGGGUGGACUGGAUGCCAAUCUCCGGGCUACCUGUCUGGAAGAGAUGACGAGGAGGGACGUGCCUGGCUUCGCCAUCGGGGGCCUAAGUGGCGGCGAGAGCAAGGACAAGUUCUGGCGGAUGGUGGCGUUGAGCACCUCCAGGCUGCCCAAGGGCAAACCCCGAUACCUGAUGGGCGUCGGGGCCCCAGGCACCCCGUGCUGCCUCUGUCGCCCCCGCUCCAGCUAUGCUACUGACCUGGUGGUGUGUGUGGCCCUCGGAUGCGACAUGUUCGACUGUGUUUUCCCCACGAGGACCGCGCGCUUUGGCUCCGCCCUGGUGCCCACCGGAAACCUGCAGCUGAAGAAGAAGCAGUACGCGAAGGACUUCGGGCCACUGGACCCUGAGUGUGACUGCCCCACCUGCCAAAAGCACAGCCGCGCCUUCUUGCACGCGCUGCUGCACAGCAAUAACACGGCAGCCCUGCACCACCUCACCCUGCACAAUAUUGCUUACCAGCUCCGCCUGAUGAGCUCCAUCCGCGCCAGCAUUGUGGAGAAGCGCUUCCCCGAAUUCGUGCGGGACUUCAUGCGCACAAUGUACGGGCACCCCACCCUCUAUCCCACCUGGGCCACGGAAGCCCUGGCCUCGGUGGGCAUCACCCUGGACAGAGCCGAUGGAGCGGACACCGGAUCGCGGCGGGAGGGAAUGAAUGGAAGAGAUUGAAGAUUUCUUUUUAAAAAAUGUUCUUUGAGCUUGUCUGAGCUUUCUCCGGACGGUGGCCUGGCUUGCUGCCAUUCCCGGCCUGAGUGUCACUUAGAUCAUUCCAUUCACACGCUCUCGCGGCUUCCCUGUCCUGUCCCGCGGGACUUGGUCAACGUGGCUAGCAGGCAGAGGGUGCGCGAGUGAAAAGGAGACAGACACAAGAAGAAAGAGACAGACACAGACAGACACAAGAAGAAAGAGACGGACACAAGAAGAAUGGGAGCAAGCUCCAAUUUUAUUUCUCCUAAGCUAGUCUUUUAUAAUUGAUUAUAUGAGGAAGUGGGCAGAAUGGGAGAAUAGCAAAAAAUGCAAACGUUUAACGAAACUGGAUGUGGGCCCUGAUGGCAGUUACCCUGGGCAUUGUUCUGCAACCUUCAAAAGGUACUUUGAUAUUUUUUCCAAGAAGCGGUUGUUCCUUAGUUAUAGGUCAGUUUGUACUGACAGUGGUUCCCAGGCGUUGGCUCCCGGCACUUCCCCAGCCUGUGGUGCCCAGUCUGGGUAUUACAGCCUUUAUCCUUUGCCCCGGGUCCCCCAGACACCCUGGGUGGGGGAGGCUAAGGCCCAACGCCCCCGUUUUACAGGUGUGGAAAUAGGUCAGGAGUUGUAUAGGUGCUUGUAGGAAGAGUCUAGCACCAGUGCGCAUGCUCAGUUCUAGGACUAGGCCACAUGGUUUCUUUCCGGUGAGCUGAAGCCCCACAGUGGGGUUAUGGACCUGAAUGUGGGGCAGGAUUGCCAUGAAUUGGUAAAAGAGUCCUGAUAACUGAUGGCCAAACAUUCAUUCGUUCAAAAGCAGCCUUGGAAUGAAUCAGGUGUUUCGGGCAGCACUCAAAUUUCACAGGAAAUAAGGGAUCGCGGGUAGAAAAAGUUUAAAGUCGCCCUGAGCUGAGACUGUGCCAGGCACUUCUCCAAACUAUCAUUUGUGUUUGAUUUUGUCGUUUUGCUGGUUGUGGCUCUCCGCUUGUGGUCCUGGGCCUUGUUCCUGACUCUGGUGCCCCAGGGACCGUGAGGUGCCAGGGAUCAAACUCUGACCUAGUGCAUGCAAGGCACACCCCUCAGCCCAUCUUCCUGGCUCAUGAUACUUGAGACCUAAGGAUGCCUGGAGGGGCCAGAACUAUAGUACAGCGGGCUGGGUGUUUGCCUUGCACGCAACCGACCUGGGUUCAAUCCUAAACAUCCCAUAUGCCCCCCUAGCACCGCCAGCAAUAAUUCCUGAGUAUAGAGCUAGGAGUAAACCUGAGGGCGGGGGUGGGAAGCAAGCUGAGAGGAGGAAAGCCACGGGAUCGUUAUGCCCAACAAACAGACCCAGGACAGACCCCAAACACGCAAGUAACAGAAGAUGCUGAGAGGAAUUAGGGUUUUAAAGUAGAGCAAAGUAAGGAUGCGCCAGAAGGAGCUCAAUUGGCUGAGCAGGGACAAGAGCAGCUUUGCACCCACCGGGACCAGCUUCCAUGAGUGGCUCUACAUGGUCCUCUGAGUACUGCACAGCCAGGAGACAUUACCCAGCAACACCAGGUGAGACCUUCCUCAAAAGAAAAAAAAAAAAGCAAAAUGAAAAGGUGCCACAAUUUUGGGCUCGAUUCCCCGCAUCCCAUAUGGUCCUCCGGGCACCGCCAGGAGUAAUUCCUGAGUGCAUGACUCAGGAGUAACGUGUGCAAUGCCGGUGUGACCCAAAAAGAAAAGAAAAAAAAAAAAAGGUGCCACAAUUUGAGGAACAUAAAAAUGCAACUAUUUGAAUCAGUUUAUGUAUCCUUCCAAAAUUGCCCGAGGUGUUAUUAACCAUAAGAUGUGUGUGUUUCCUUUGGCUUAGAGACUACAACCUUGGGAUCUUUUCAGCCUUCUGCAGAGGUGCUUGAGGAUCAUGGGGUGCCAGGGAUAGAUCCUGGGACUCCUGCGGUCCAAGCUUUAGCUUUCUUCUCUGAGCCAUUUCCCAGACUUGUGAUCCUCCAUUUCUGUUGUUUCUCUAUUCUUUGUUACUAUCUCUCAGUCAGACAGCUUCCCCCUCAUU